AUGGCAAUGAUGGGAUAUUAUGGUCCAGGAAAUGUUUACUACCCGCCAUUUAUGAUGAAUCCAAAUGCAUAUCCGAAUUCAUAUACAUACGCAUGGGGUAGCCAACCCCCACCAAUGCCAUCUUUUCCAACAAUGUUCAUCUAUCAUUCAUUGAGUAAUGAGGAGAAGUUGGGCCGCGUUCAACAAACAAGCCAGCCCCCACCAAUGCCACGCCCUCCAUCAAGUACCAAAGAGGAGCUGAGAAGUUUUGAAAAGACUGCAAGUAAUGCGGAGACUACACCAUUUAUAUCUGAAAGUGAAACUAAUGUUGGAGGUACAUCACUUUUAAAUGAAGAGAAUGAAGAAACCGAUGAGGUAAAUGAAGAAAAUUCUGAUAAUGACUGA